AUGUCCAUGUUUGGCGACGCCUGCAAGCGAGCCGCUGCUGCUUCCCUGUGCCGUACAGAGCGCAAGAUCGCAUGGAAUUACCGGGGCUUGCAGCUGGCCCCGGCUUCAACAGCCGCAGCUGAAGGUGAACGGGAAGCCGGCAGCGGCCGCAGGUUUCGACAGCGGGUUGGCGGCGCCGCCAGCGAAAAUGGCGACGGCGGCAACGGCAGCACUGGCGCUAUGUUUGUGGUGGGAGCCGCGGCGGCGGCGGCGCCGCCGCCGCCGCCGAAAGAGAUUGUUGGAGGCCAAGAUGGAGCUGACGACACGGAAUCGAACGACGGCAACGGUGGUGAUGGGGUUGGAGCGAGAUGUGCGGCAGCAGCUGGCGUGGCAGUAGCUGUCCGGCGCAGCAGCGACGGCGGUGCCGCCGCCGCCGCCGCCGCGCCGGACAGUGACGUUAUAAUGAUAUCUUCAUCCUCCACGGCGGAGGCCGCCGGAUACGGCAAUGAUGACGUCAGCGACGGCAAUGGCGACGAUGACGACGACUUCGUGGCUGAGGAGUUUCCGCCACCGCGGCGGCGACAGGCGGCGGCGGCGGCGGCGGCGAAGGGUCUCCGCGGACGUGGCGGCGGCGCUCAGGCCGCUGGCGGCGGAGCGAAGGCGAAGGCGAAGCCUGCUGCUCGGCGGAAGGCAGCCUCUGGUGCUCGUGCCGCCUCCGCCGCCUCCGCCGCCGCAGAUCUCGCCAUUGCUGAUGGUGGCGGCUGUGAAGGUGGCGGCGGUGAUGGUGGUGGCGGUGAUGGUGGUGGCGGUAGCGUGGCCUUGGCGGCGGGGACUGUUGAUGUUGCGGCUGCUGGUGUUGGUGUUGGUGGUACCGCUGCGCGAAAAAGGAAGAGCAGGCAGACCGUGCAAUCGGCGGCGGAGACGGCGGUGCCAGCGGAGGAGGGGGGGAAGGCGAGGCGGCGGCGGACGAGGGCGGCGGUGGCGGCAGCGGCGGCGGCGUCUGGGGAGGAGGAAAGCCCGAAGCAGAAGCGGCGGAAGCCACAGUCGCAGAAGAAGAAAAAGGAAAAGGAGCAGCAGGAGGAAGAAGAAGACGAAGAUGAUGACGGCGACGAUGAAGACGAUGACGACGAUGACUCGGAUGUCGUACUGGUUUCGGAGGAUGAGGAGAGUGAGGAGGACGAUGUCGACGCCGACGCCUCCCUGGAUGCCGCCGCCAACCACGCCCGGGACAUGCGCGAUCCGCCGCCGGAGCUGCUGAUGCCGCUGCUGCCGUACCAGAAGCAAUUCUUGGCGUGGGCCGUACGACAGGUUGCAGGGGAUGCAGACGGCGCUGCUUUACGGGAGGCAGAUAUCGUACUGACGACGUACAGCGUUAUCGAGAAUGAGUAUCGCAGGUUUAUGUUGCCGAACAAGGUGCAGUGCAAGUACUGCAGUAAGAGGUUCUACCCGGAGCGUCUCAAGGUGCACUUGAGGUUCUUCUGUGGGCCUUAUGCGGUCAAAUCGGAGGCCCUCUCCAGAGCGCAGAGGAAGGAGAAGAAAGAGAAGAAGUACGACAACAGCCGCAAGAUGACAAAGACAGUCGAGACGGAGCAGCAACUGCAGCAGCAGACGCGAAAACGCACACGUAAAACAACCGGCGGCGAUGGCGGUGGCGGCGGUGGCGGUGGCGGCAAGGGGGGGUUGAGGAACUGCAACGGCAAGCGAGGUCGCGGUGGAACCCGUACGGUAGCGGCGACAGGGUCCGGGAAGUACGGCGAGGAGGAGGAGGAGGAGGAGGAGGAGGAGGAGGAGGGGGAUGGCGACUUUGAGCCCGACGAGGCGGUGGAGGUGGAGGGAGAAGAGGAAGAAGAAGAGGAAGAAGUGGUUUCGGAGGAGGACGACGUGGUGGAUCUGGUUUCGGAGCAAGACGAGGAACAGGAGGAGGAGGAGAAGAGGGGUGGUACGAGGAAACGGAUUACGUCCAAAAAGGCCGCCUCUGGCAAGCGAGGAGGCGGCACUGUCAAAGGCGGCGGCAAGAAUGGCGGCGGAUCUGUACGGCAGUCGGGUAGCCGUCGAAGUGGCUCCAGGGGGGGCUCCAAGGGGAGGGACCUUGCUGAGCUGGCUGAGCGGGAGGCGGAGGAGAUGAUCGAGGCGGCGGCGAGGGCGGCACCAAGUCGGGCUCAAGACGCGUCGGUGCUACACAGAGUUCCCUGGCGGCGGAUCAUCCUGGACGAGGCCCACAGUAUCAAGGACCGUCGCUGCUCCACAGCCAAGGCCGUAUUCGCACUACAGUCCAAAUACAAGUGGGCCUUAUCCGGCACACCGUUGCAAAACCGAGUGGCGGAGCUGUACAGCCUCAUUCGGUUUCUGAGGUUUGUGGCAAACCCCAUCAAGGCGCACGGCUACAGUGGGAGAGGGCGUACGGCACUGAUGCUGCUCAAGAACCGGAUUUUGCCCGCCAUUCUGCUACGCCGUACAAAGGUCCAAUGUGCGGAUGAUCUGGCGCUGCCGCCCCGUACCGUACUGCUUCGACGCGACCGCUUCGACGAGCUGGAGGAGGACUACUACCAGGCGCUAUACACGCAGAGUCAGGCCCAGUUCGGCGCUUACGUGGAUAGUGGCACGCUGCUGAACAACUACGCGCACAUCUUCGACCUGCUCAUCCGGCUGCGCCAGGCCGUGGACCACCCUUACCUGGUGAUCUACUCUGCCACAAACAAUCCCGCUACGGCGGCACCGGCGGCGGUCAAUGACAAUGGCGGCGAAAGUGGAGACGGCAACGCACCAUCGCCGGAUGCCGUGAUCAACACCGGCGCGUACGGAGGCUGCGGCGGCGGCAUGGCCAUUCCGAUUUGCGGGCUGUGCCACGAGGAGAUUGAGGAUGGGGUGGUGGCGGCGUGUGGCCACGGGUUUUGCCGUACAUGCGUCAUUGAUCACGUCAUGCUUAUGGACCCCUGGUGGAACCCCGCUGUGGAGCAGCAGGCGCAAGACAGGAUCCAUCGCUUGGGGCAGUACAAACCCAUAACCGUUGUCCGAUUCGUUAUCGCGGGAACCAUCGAGGAGCGCAUCCUCAAGCUGCAGGAGAAGAAGCAGCUGGUGUUCGAGGGGUGCUCGGGAGUGCAGGGGAGGACCAUGGCAGUGCAUGUGUUGUACGGCGGGAGAUUGCGGCAGAUAACUCCUGUCUAUUUAACAGCAUUGGUGGUGGCUCGGCAAGUGGCAAGUGAUCGGACCACAUAUUCGGAUGCCUUCCUGGGCAUGACGAAUGAAGCGUACUGCAACUGGAUACGACAACCGUACAACUGGGGCGGCGGUAUCGAGCUUUCCAUCCUGGCGCAGGCGUACGGCAUUGAGAUUGCCGCCUGGAACAUAGAGAGCCGUAAGGAGCACGUGUUUGGAGAGGAGUCGGUGUGUGCGGGGCCGCGGGCGAAUCCGGAAGAUGACGAGACGUCGUACAACCCGAGGACCAAACGCGGCAAAAUGAUCAUUGCGGCAGCACGGAAACUGCCGACACGGCGGCUGCUACUGCUGAUCCCCAUGUCGCAGCGGCGGUGGCAGCUGACAAAGCAGAGGGUGCUACAGCCGCCGGGGCGGGGGCCGGGGGCUCCGAAACCCCAACCGCGACAACCGCCCCCGGGGGGAUUUCCCGACCCGAUGUGUUUCUUGGAUGUCCAGUCCUCCGCCAAAUACCCCACACACAACAGGCGGCUGGCAGAGGUUAAGGCCUGGCUUCUGCUCCCGUCGCGUCACGGCGCGUCCGGGUUCAAAUCCGCCUGCCGACCUCUCGUGGUGUUUGAGAGGUGAUGAAAUGGGAGGUGGCCCCCCAUCUUGUGGACGGUGUAGGACGUGAUAAAAUCAACUCGCGAGCUGACCAGGAACUAAGUUGACGCGCCGUUGAUCCGCUAGAUUUGGUUGGAUGCUGGUGGUGAGUUGCCAAACUCAAAGAGUACACUCUGAAGUCGGAUGGGGUGAAUGGCUUAGGGUGCCCCUCUAGCAGGGGAGAGCAGGGAAUUGCCUCGGGUAGGAGGCCACUGGUGAAGCUUAACCACCCUGUAACAACAUCAACAAG